UUUAUAUAAAAAGCCUUAGGCUUAAACCCUCUCUUCACCACUUGAUGAUAGCUAUCCUCUACGCGCAACCUCACCACACUCUAUCCCGUAAACAGUGACCAUAUCCGAUCACUCAGAUUAUUCUACUACUAACUUCUCUGAUCUAAUUAAUUCUUUUUUCUUCAAAUCUUCAUUUUCUGAUCUUAAUUCUUACCGACAGUUGUUUCAAAUCUUCUUGCAACCUACUGAGGUAAUGGCGGCGGAGGAGGUUGUGGCACCUGCUGUGAUUCCAGUGGCGUCGGAUCACAAGAGAAAGCUGGGAGAUUUAGAGCCGGAAGUUCUUGAACAAGCUGAGCCAAGUCCGGUCGACGAACAGGAUCCAGAAGUGACGGAGAAGGCUGAUGACGUGGAGGAUGGUGGUUCGCCUGAGACUAAACGGCUAAGGAUUGAUGAAAAAACCGAUGGGUUAGCCAGCGAAAAUGGUUUCAAAGGAGACGAGUCAGGUGAACGUGCAAGGGAAGAAACUGAAGAGCAGAGUGUUGAGAAUGAGCAAGAGAAGGAUGGUAAUGUUGAGCCUCCAUCUGAGGAGGUACUGGAAACAACUGAUAAAGAAGAAACAAAUGCAGUCAUUCCGGAGACUGAUAAUACCGACCAACCUACUGUUGAUGGUUCCAAGGAUGAGGAUGCUGAGAAGCAGUCUUUAGAGGAUGCUGAGAAACCAUCUUUAGAGGAUGCUGAGGAACAUCUAUCUGAGGAUCAAACAACAUCGCGCAAAAUGGAGGUUCCGAAUGACAAGGUUGGGGUUCUAAUUGGUAAGGGUGGAGAUACUAUACGUUACCUGCAGUAUAAUUCUGGAGCAAAAAUUCAAAUCACAAGGGAUUCUGAAGCUAAUCCACAAUCCACAACAAGGCCAGUAGAAUUAAUAGGGACUUUAAGCAGUAUAAGAAAUGCUGAGAAGCUCAUCAAUGCAGUCAUUGCAGAGGCUGAUGCUGGGGGUUCCCCAUCUCUUGUAGCUAUGGGCCUUGCUAGUAGUGCACAAACUGCUGGAGCAGGAGAUCAGCUGGAGAUUCCAGUUCCCAAUGAGAAGGUUGGUCUAAUUAUAGGACGGGGUGGGGAAACCAUCAAAGGUCUUCAAGCCAAAUCUGGGGCUCGCAUUCAGUUGAUACCUCAACACCUUCCAGAAGGGGAUGGAUCUAAAGAAAGAACAGUACGUGUAACUGGAGAUAAGAGGCAAGUUGAGAUGGCCAGAGAAAUGAUAAUGGAUGUCAUGAAUCAGACUGUGAGGCCAUCAAAUCUCUCUAGCAGCUUUAACCAGCAGCAGUCCUAUCGACCCCGUGGACCCACAGGCCCAGCUCACUGGGGUCCUCGUGGUCCUCAUUCAAACCAGAAAAUGCCAUAUGAUUAUCAGCAUCGGGGUCCGUAUCCAUCCCAAGGCUCACAGUAUCCUCCAGCUUAUGGUGAUUAUCCUCAACAUAUGGCCCCAAGAGGUAAUUACAGUUCUGGUUGGGAGCAAAGACCUGCUAAUGUGCAGGGCCCUCACACACACACCGGCGGCUAUGAUUACUAUAGUCAAGGAGGUCAUGUAUCCGAUCACCCAGUUUCUGGCCCAAUGCCUGCUCCCAUUCCUGGGCCUGCUUCUCGUCAUUCCCCUGCCCCUGUUAUGGGUGGACCUCCAUCCCAGGUAAAUUACAGCUAUGGACAGUCCCAUGGUCCAGAUUAUGGGCACCAAGCUCCCUAUUCCCAGGCAGCCCCUUCUCACCAGAGCUACGGGCAUGGAUAUGAUGAACCGAAGUAUCCUUAUGGGUAUGGAAGUUCACAGCCAGUGUAUUCACAGGCUGGCAACCAACCAGGCUAUGGUGCACAGCAGCAAUAUGGCAAGCAGCCAUCAUUUGGAAUGCCAUCACAGGGACCAACUCCCCAGUCAUAUGGUCCUCCUAGGCCUGGUCAACCAGGAGAUAUGUCUUAUCAAGGUCCUAUGCAAUCAAGUCAACCAUAUGGUUCAAAUGCACCACCACCACUGCAACAACAGUAUCCAUACGCAUCUAGUGGGCCCAUGCAGCAACCCUAUCCUCCUUAUGGGUCCGGAUCAGGUUCCAAUGGGUAUAAUCAGGCACAAACUGCAUCUGGCCCAGGCUAUCCUCAGCAAGGUGGCCAGCCUGUUCCUACAUCUGGACAGCCUGGUGGACAAGCAGCAGCUGGCUAUGCGCAAGGUCCUGCUGGGGGCUAUGGGUCAUAUCCAUCUGCACAACAAGGUUAUUCUGAGCAGCAAGCUGCAAACAAUGCAGGUUAUGGCUAUCAAGGGUCUCAAGAUCCUGCUUAUGGUAGUGCCCCUGCAUAUGGUGCACCAGCCAGCCAGCAGGGUUAUGCUCAACCAGCACCAACUCAACCAAGCUAUGAUCAGUCAGUCCCACAAUCUGCUGGUUAUGGAGCCGCUCCGGCAACUGCACCAGUUGGUUAUGGGAAAACAGUCUCUCCACAGCCUGGCUAUCCUCAAUAUGACUCAACCCAGAUGUAUGCUGCGCCACGCUGAAAGUGAUAUUUUGUAGCUUCCUUGUAGGUGGAUUUGCGUUGGUGACGUGCUGGGCAUUUGCGAUUACUGUUCUAGAUUGUCCGUUAGAUUUAGCUUUUGGACAUUUAGGUCAAUUUCUGUUUCUGAUAGUAGAAUGAACUUCUAAGCCUCCGCUCAUCUUAGUUUGUAACAAGAUGGUGCUACUAUUUAAUGCAGCUCAAGUUCAAAUUUCUGGGU